UCCACGCCGCCAGCGCCCAACAAACCCGUUCCUUUCGUCUACCUGUCCGCUCCGCCCAGCUCGACCCAUCCAUCCAUCAUCCAUAGCACGUACUGUACCGCACGGAACCGCAUCGCGCCACUCGUUGCCGGUUUUUCUACCCCCAUGCGGCUCCGGGUCUCCAGCUAGGGGGGCCAUUUCCGCCCGGAAACUGCCGUGUUCUAUGCUCCCGUGGUCCUUGCGAUCAGCAGCUCGCCGCUUGGCUGCCGCCACACGCGCGGCGGCCUCGGCUGCGGUGGCGGCGCGAUCGCCGGCACCGGCACCGUGGCAAGAAAGGCCGCCUGCUGUCGAGGAUAGAGAGGAGCGGGCCGCCGUGUGGGAGGACGAUCACUGGCCUCGCCGUCGACCUCGACGGAGCGAUUUCUCAUGUACUACAAAGGCCUCGACAGAUCAUUCUGGCUUGACCCGACAACUUCUAGAUUUUCAACAUGAUACUGUAGAUGAGACAGAUGGAGGAUAUGAUCCAUUCAGUCAACUAAAAGAGAGGUUCACGGACUUCAAGCAACGAAACUAUGUGGAAAAUUUUACCAAUUAUCAAAAACUUGCUGAGCAGCAAACACCAGAGUUCAUGGUGGUUGCUUGUGCUGACUCCAGGGUCUGCCCUACCAGUAUUUUAGGGCUUCAGCCUGGUGAUGCAUUCACUGUCCGUAAUGUGGCAAAUUUGGUACCACCAUAUGAGCAUGGAGCUUCAGAGACUACUGCAGCACUAGAGUUUGCUGUCAACUCACUUCAGGUACCUAAUGUGUUGGUGGUAGGUCAUAGUCGUUGUGGUGGCAUCCAGGCACUAAUGAGUAUGAAGAGUAAGAAAGACGAUCGAAGCUCUAGAACCUUUAUCAGAGACUGGGUCUCACUUGGGAAGAGUGCAAGAUUAAGCACAGAAGCAGCAGCUGGAAAUUUGAGUUUUGAAUCACAGUGCAGACAUUGUGAAAAGGAAUCAAUUAAUAGCUCACUGUUGAACUUGUUAACAUACCCUUGGAUAGAGGAAAGGGUGAAGGAAGGGAAUUUGAACCUUCAUGGGGGAUACUACAACUUUAUUGAUUGCACAUUUGAGAAGUGGACAUUAGUGUACCGUCCAGGGCUGGAAGGUGGCAGCAAGUAUGCCAUAAAGAACAGGUCUACCUGGUCUUGAUCAAUGAACAAGCAUUAUUUAUACUCUGAGGAAUAAAACCGGAAUGGAGUAAAGUUGGACACAGCGAACAAUACAUUACUACCAAAGUAAAGCCUGUAAACUGCCGGGACAAAGCGAAUUCAAUCCAGCUGCUGUGCGUUAUCUGUCUAGAAUCGUGAAAUGGCGGCCAGUAAAACUGCAAAACCAUAGUCAAAGGAAACAAAUGUAUAAUGCUGCCUCAUUUGGCAGACCUUGUGUUGUAACAUCUGUAUAAUGUUUGAUGUAUCAUUGUAACAAUAAGAUACAGCUUUGUAAUGUCUGUUUUAUCAGUGUAUAAUUAUUUUGAAUGCAUGCCUGACUCAAAUAAGCAAAACUGUGAUGCAAUGCUA